UUGUGACUGUUGGAACAACAUCAGAAACUACACCAGCUUCACUUUCGACAACAACUGAACGUCCUCUAAACCAUGUUGUUUACCGCUGUCAUCGUCAAAUUAGCGAGCUUAUAACUUGUAUUGGAAAAAUUUUCUGCAAUGCAAGUGUAUUGAAGGUGAGACAACGUUUAGCGAUCAGUUUGCAAUUAAGUCAUGAGACAAUAAAGAAAGAUUUUCGAAAUGUGAGCACAUUAAUUCUUGGAGGUGUUCAACGAUUACUACAGACAAACGGAAUUGAUAGUAGCAUUAGUGCUUUAUACUUCACUACACCACUCAAUUUUCUCAAAAAAUUCCUUAUAGAUGAUAUUAAUAAUAUUCAGCAAUUGCUGCCAGAUUUCUAUUUGUCUGGCUGUUACAAAAAUUUCUUCGCUCUUGUGACAGAUUGUUUUAAAUCAAACAUUACUAAAGAGGAAUUUACCACAAUUAUUCAUGCAUGGCUCAACAUUGCCCAAAAAUUCUCGUCACCAAAUUUGGCAACUCAGCGAAAUGGUGUUCAACAACUACCGCCGCAGCAACGGAUAACUGUUGAUGGUUUUGAGUUGAAAAAUUUUUUGGCAAUUGCACAGAAGGACACCUUUUCUGCUAUUUGUUCAAUGUUAAAAGAGCUAAUGAAGCAUUGCGAGACAUUCUCUGAUGACCCAUCAAUGCCAUCAACUUCUACUAGUAGUGACAAGGACAAGGGUGGUAACGAACAAGCAGCUUUCAAAUUAUUGGAAAAGUUAUUGGAAUUUAUGAAAGGAUUACUUAAAGAUAUGAUGAAAUUAUUGGAAUUAACUGAAGGCAAAUCUGAAGCGCCAGCUGAAAUCCCUGUUGGCGAAAUUGACCCGGCUAAGAUUCAACAACUUGUAGAAAUGGGCUUCUCGCAAAGCGAUGCUGUUGACGCUCUUUUGGUGACAUCAUCAGUGCCAGAAGCAGCUGAACAUUUGGUUAGCAUGCUAGAAAGGAAUCCUACAGGUCUAGUUCCACCAGUUGUCGCAGCAUCAGCAGCAUUAGCAGAAGAAAUCGCAGCAAAUGCAACAAUAGAAGCAGCUCUGGCUCCAAAACUUUCUGCCCCAAAAGCUUUUGAUGAUACUCAAAAACGGGAGAGUACACUUAUGGAACAAGAUACUCCUUUGAGCGCGCUAAAGCCUCUGAACAGGGAUGAUCUUCAGGAGAGAGUAGAGUUUAUUUGCAAAGAUAUUGUCACGCAUUGCCUUCGUCUUCUCAACAAAAAUCGUUCUGUUGUUCUGGGUUUAGCAGAGUUGAUAACUAUUUUUGCUGAGGAUCAUUUAGCGCGUUCCUAUGCUCUCGUCGGAACCGUUGAUACCAAUACUAAUCAAGCGGAGUUGGUUGAACGUGUUCGUCAAAUGGGGAUUGAUGUCGGUUGGAAUCGAGACGCAAUCAUUCAACUCCAGACCAAUGUGGACACGCUUAUGCGUCGCGAGAAAGAACGUGAACUGGAGAAGAAGAAGGAACGAAGCAAGACUCCUAGUCCCAACAGUUCUCCAGGAAAGGCGGGUCAGAAGGUUUCUCCAGCGAAGAUGAGUCCGAAGACUUCCCCGGCUAAGAAGUGAAUAUUUUUUUUGGAAGAACGAAAAAUGGCUGUUAAUUAUUUGUGGAUUUGAAUAUGGUGGUGAUGCUCUCAAUCGUUCUUCUUUGGUGCCCGUUCUUUUAGGCGUUGUCAAAACCUAUUCACUUCCUGAACAAUAUGUUAGAUAUGUCACUCGGUCUGUUCGUAUAAUUGACAUUUUAACGGGAAUAGACGUUGCCCAAUUUAAUUCCAAUGGUGGAACUGAUGCGAUUAUAAAGAGAUUUUCGCACGAGGUUGAUCAAUGCAAAACUCAAAUAUCGGAGCAAACAACUUCAAAUACGACACUUCUUUGCAGUCAACAACGCGCUGCUCUAAUGAAAUCUUUGUUAAAUUUUAUAAAACGUGAU